ACUCGGUGAAGGUAAAGAUGAGUUUCCACCGUGGUCCCGCCAUUCGAGGAGCUCCGGUUCUAGCCUGAACUGUGAACUGUGUUGUGCAGAAGUUUUCCAGCAAGUUGCAAGAGGAGAGAAGAAAAAAAAAUAGAGACACAGACAAAGUUUUCCACACCCCGCGAGCAAAAAUUCGAAAACGCGCAAAACUUUUGCACCGCGAGCCAGAAGUUUUGGAAGUUUGAAAGCUGAAAGUUUUGCGCGAUCCGGCCGCGAAAACACAUACACAGAGAGCACGGGAAGAAAGCGAGGACAAUUAUAUUUUGGCUGGCCGCCACCGCGCGCCUCCUCGUCGUGGGGGUGAUCGUUUUCGUCGUGUGACUUAAGGGAAGCGAAGCAAACAGCAAAAAAAAAAGUAUAACGCCAAAGCCAAGGGAAAGUUAUUGCCAAGAUCGAACGGGGGGCAAAAACUUUUUACGGAUUUUGAGGAAGUGCAACGGGGGACAACAAAACGCAGUAACAGUAACGCAGCUUGGCAGGGUUCGAAAUAAUUAAUUUAAAACAAAUCAGCAAAUCAGUUUUCUUUCAAAAGUGGUUCGAAUGUCUGAUCGGUGUUUCCAGGGGUGGUAAACUCGUGAGCAGUCCGGAUCGACAGGGAACGUUUCCAGUGGGAAGUUCUGUGAGGGCUUCCAGUGCAAAAAAAAAAAAAAAAAAAAAACUGUGGAAGCGGAAAAGUCGAGUCGAGCGUGUUUACUUAUUUGUUGAGAAGUGUGGAUAACCAGUGGGGAAAAGGAUACAAGUGAAUCAAAGAAUAUUAAACUGUGUGCAAUUUUCGUGCGAUAGACAGCGAUAAUAACUAGUGUGUUAGCGGUUACACGUUUCACAAUACUUAAAGUGCAAUAUCUAUACGAUUUCUAGACAUAUAUCACCAAGUAAUCUAAGCAGUGUUAUACAGUACCAUAUUUCUAAGUGUUACCAAUCGUUAGUGAACAAUUUACCCAAAAUGAUCGACAACAGCUACUCGUACGUGACGCGGGACAACCUGCGCUACACGGAUCUGAACGAUGGACGUUCGUACGCCCAGAUGAACACCCUGUCUUCUCCACCUUCGAUGGGUAAUCGGCUCGGUGAGUACGACACCUCCGUAUCACAUCUGACAAACCAUCGUCCCUACGAACCGGCUCCACAAACGGCCUUCGAGCGGUACGACACAAGCUAUCCACCGCAGCGGGGCAAUCUCUACCCUUCGUACGGAUACUCGCAGUCCAUCCUUGAUGAGGAACAGAAAUAUCUACCAGCGGAACCACACGCUGCACCCGAGGCACAGCCAAGCCAGCAUCAUCUGGGUCUGGCGAGUGGUCCGACCGAUCGGCAUCAUCCCAUGAUGAAGGUUGAGAUGGACGAAAGUACCGGGCCGAUCUACCCUAGACCUAUGUAUCACUACGACCCGGCCUGUGGAGCGAUGCCGCCGGGAUUCUCGGCGAUCAACUUAAGUGUGAAAGAAGCGAGUCCGCCGAUACCACCAUACAAGACCAGCGGAACUCCUUCUCCGAAUCCCGGCAGUCGGAAGCUGGAUGAUCAACGCACGAGUAAGAUCUCUUCAACUAGCCCAGAACCUGGUACCAGUCCACAGCAGCGUAGCAGUCCACAGGCGACGCUAGAUCUCAGCUCCAACAACAGCGGUGGAACGAGUCCCCACUUUGUGCGGAACACCUCCAACAUCGUGGCGAAUGGUAGCAACGCCGGUAGCACUCCCACCACCACCACCACUCCCACAAACAAUAACAAUACCAAUACCAACAACAAUAAUGCCGUGUAUACGAAUGAAGUAUCCGAGUCACGCACCGCGGACGUAAACCAGUCGGACUUCAGCAGUUCCGAUCGUCCGCUCGGGAUCGGCUUCGCCCGGCCCCAGCCACCUUCGGCUUCCUACAGUCGCGAGUCGACACCGGACAGCGGUGGUUCGUACUAUGCCGACACGUACCGCGACACGAGUGGUGAGUGCAACGUGCCGGACCGCAGCCAGAGCUUCUUCUCUAGCGAGAAUCUUUCUCCGUAUUCUGCAGGAUAUAGUCCCCAUGCGAGCUAUGGGAUGGUGGUACAGCCGGAUUACACCAACGGCUACCCCGGCUACGCUCCUAACGCCUAUCAAUACAGCGGACCGUACGCAAGUUCGCUCGGUUCCAGCGUCUACCCGCCAUCUGUACCCUCCGGAUAUCCACCAAGUUCCAGCACAAGCUUCGUUACGCCGCCGGCUCUGAGCCAACACAUUUCACCCCACGAUAACCUGCUGAAAGCUGGUCUCACAGGGUAUCAACGCUUGGAGCGACCCCAGUUCCCGUCACAAUCGCAAGAACUCAAAUGCCCGACGCCCGGCUGUGACGGCUCGGGUCACGCUACCGGCAACUACAGCUCCCACCGGAGCCUCUCCGGAUGUCCGCGUGCAUCGAAACCGAAAAGCAAACCCCGCGAUGGCCAGGAAUCGGAACCCCUAAGCAGAUGUCCCAUUCCGGGCUGCGAUGGAUCCGGUCACUCCACGGGCAAGUUCCUGUCGCACCGAAGUGCGUCCGGCUGCCCGAUAGCGUUCCGCAACAAGAUGCAUAUCCUGGAGAACGGAGGCACAAUCGAGCAGGCAAAGGCAGCGAUGGCCCAAGCGGCCACCGGAAAGUUUGAAUCGUUCGCCUGCCCAACGCCCGGAUGCGAUGGCAACGGACACGUCGAUGGAACGUUCAGUACCCAUCGAACGGCAGCCAGCUGCCCGACGGCACAGAGCGGUCAGCAAGCCAGCAAAAAGGCCCGCUACAGCGACGAAGUCCUGAUGAGUCCCGGCUCGGGCGCAAAGUCGUUCAACGCAGAACUGACAACGAACUACAAUCCCACGAAGACUGGACUGCUUGGCACUAGUGGUGGGACGGCUAUCGCAGCGGGGCCUUCGCUCGAUGAUCACCAUCGAACGAAGCCGGAUUCGGUAGCAAAUGGCGGUGGUGGUGGUGUCGUUGUUGGCGUUGGUGUAGGAGCAGGAAUGGGGGUGCCACCGCAGUCGCAGCCACAAUCGACGAACUCUGCCACCGGUGGCCCCGAGGAUAUGCUGGCCCUCGAUGAGGAAAUCACCGAGCUUAAGCGGGAGAAUGCCCGUGUCGAGCUGCAGAUGCUGCGGCUCAAGUCAAACAUCAACGCGAUGGAGUCCCAGCUGAACAACAACGAGCCGAAGCUACUCGAGAUCGGGACACGGGGGAUCACAUGAAAUUUCCUGACCUGUUAGAGCCUUUUAAUUUCCGCAUGAAUGGGAAUUGGCGUGCGAGGGAGGGUGUGUUUGAGUGUGUGACAAAAAGAAAACUAAGCAAAAAACAGAAAAUCAACUGAAUCCGAGAGAUACUUGCACUGUAUACUGAAUAUUUUUACGGAGCGGUGAAAAGAACGUUAAAGUGUUGGUCCAAGUGGUGGGGGCGGAGGGUGAAAAGAAAUAGGAAAACGGAGAAAACGCUGUAACGAUUACCUAACAUACAAUGAAAAGAAGUAAACCUAGUCGAAAUGUGCUAUACGACUCAUUUUAAUUAUUAUUGAUUGAAAAUAAGCAUAGCAAAAACAAAGAACAAAAAAAAACCGAAAUGUAUUGAAAAUAAUGAGGGAAAAAAUUACUUAUUGCUAUUAUUUUACGAACAGAAAUCGUUCAUCGGUGAAGUGACAAGUGGAAAAGCAACAAAGCAAAAUAAGGAAACACACAUACACACAUUAGCAAAAUUGUAAAAAGUAAUUAUUGUAUGUAA